AUGCCCCACUCAUUUGACUGGGUUUGCAAGGAUGUGGUUAAAAAGCUUCAAGGAAAAGAUCUGUGUCCUGUCAAAUGUCUGUCAGAUGCGACGAAGUUCUGUCAGUUUGAGAUAUUGCAGAAGGCUUCUCAUUCAUGGUAUUGGAAAUCUGAAGAUAUUCCAGUUGGAUAUUCCCUCCUGCAGAUCUUAGAGCCAAAUUUUCCAGUUCCAGAGCCUGAAGUGUCAGCUCCCAUUCCCCUCAAACACACUGUAUCCCAGAAACUGAAGGGUAAUGUGGGUGUCAACAUCAUUGCAGAAGGAAGUGUGUCAACAGAAUUUGCUCAUUCCUCUGGAUACGACAUCGAGGUUCAGUGUACCAGCAUUCCAGCUUCAAACUUGGAAGAUCUUCAAAACAGGAAACUGGUGGAAAAGGAACCAUCAUUUGUGAAGGAUUGCCGGAUUGGAAGGAAGGACCUGUAUGUGGUGACAGAGGCCUUCGAAGUGACCAAGGGUACAGUGCUGGAAGACAGUAGCAGUGUGGACUUUUCAGGAAAAGUGCUCACCCCCCAGUUAGCCAAGGCUCAAGCCCAGGGACAGUGGCAAAGGGAGACAAAGGAUUCAGUGCCUAUUCCAAAAGGUGCAGUGGUGGCCUACAAGAAGAAGCAACUGGUCAUCGAGAAUGACACUUGUGGUGAGCAGAUGUCGGGACCAAGGGGGAACGGGCCAUUCUCCUCUCUGCUAGCGCUAAGAAGAGAACACUUCUCGGGAUGCUUCGUAUGCAACCUAGGAAGGUUAGAGGAACCCUUACGUCAUGAUUUCAAGUGUCUACAAAACGAGAUUACUGAGAAAACAGACCUACUGGCCAGGCUUUCGAAGGACGUUCAAAAUGUUGUAUUCUCUAGCCUCCUGCCCAUGCUCAGUGACAAGGAGAGUCUCUAUGACCUGAUGUACAUGCUGGAAUUGGAUCAGCUGGGGCACAUGGAUGGCCCAGGUGGUGUGAUCCUAGAUGAGCUUCGAAAGGACUCGUGGAAUGUCCUAAAGGACCUUAUUCUUUAUCUCCUUCAAGCCCUAAUGGUGCUGAGUGAUACCCAACUCAUUCUGCUGGCCCAGUCUAUAGAGAAGAGGCUUCUCCUCCAGCAAAGAGAGCUGGUGGAGAGCAUCCUGCAGCCAAACUUCAAGUAUCCCUGGAGCAUCCCCUUCACUCUCCAGCCUCAGCUUCUCACCCCACUCCACGGGGAGGGCCUGGCCAUUACUUAUGAAUUGCUGAAGGGGUGUGGGCUGAAGAUGGAGCCAAAUAAUCCCAGGUCAACUUGGGAUCUGGAAGCCAAGAUGCCCAUGUCUGCCCUUUAUGGGAGCCUGUCAAUUCUGCAGCAACUUGUAGAAGCCUAAAUCUUCCUGAGACCCUGG